AUGACGCCUCCAGAUGAAGUGCUUCACUUUCGCGGAAAGACCUUGACUCCGGAAAGCCCUCGACCGCUGCAUAUCCCGGAGCCAGCCAACAUCCCCGUCUUGGAGAACCAAAUGGACCCCGUCUUCAACGAUACGUCAACUUACGAACGUUCAGUUUAUAACCAGGUGCAGACAGAAGAUGGCUGGCACAAGACUCUGAAUGGUGGAGGACCGCGCGAGAGACAGAACGCAGGUAGUUUUCAUGGACAAGACCGUGCGACGCAGAAUGAUAUGACUAUUGCUGCGACAUACUACCAGCCAACCUCUGGGACGGAGGGCUCUGGCAAUGCAGGGUACUCUCUCUCGGAUUCUUCAUAUGCCCACGCGGCAUCGGCUGCCCCGGUAUCCCAAGGCUUCGCCACUGGCGAAGUAGACGGUACCAAGGGUACCGACCAAUUGCCAAAUCGCCUAGAUGCUGAGAAUGAAGAUGAACGCCCUAAUACAGGAGUCAAUUUCCAGAGUCUCCUCGACAAUCUCUCCCAGCCCAACUCCGGUGCAGUCGCCCCCAGCACCGGGGCCAUGCCUCUAGCUGAACAUUCGUCUUUCCAUCAAGCACCCACGGACGAACUUCUCUUAACCCAAGGCAACCCUCCCCAAACUACCCAUUACCCCCCAAAUCCUCAUCGUGUCCCCAACGAUGAGGUGAAUUAUGACCCGCCUGCCCAUGAGGCCAAUGCAGCGCCCGCCUAUACAGCCCACCCCAGUAACCCACCCCCAAAUCAGUCCCAGCCCUUCUCCAUUGCCCCUGGCACGGCCUCAUCCGUCAAAAAUCUGCCUCCUCCCCCGACUGCCAGUUUUCAGACCCAGACUACCGUAUCUGAGGCGCGGGGAUCUUCGCAAGACCCUGUGCAGGCCCCAAAGAAAGGUCGCGUUGAUAAGCAGGGUCGGCCAAUCAAAGGUAUCGAUGACGAUUCCCCUUGGGGCCCUGAGGUCCAAAAGAAAUACGACGAGUUCCUGCAUGAUGAGCGUAUUUACGUGACCGAAGGUCUCUGGGACCGAUUCCCCAUGGGAUCAAGGCUGUUUGUUGGUAACCUUCCUACUGAGCGAGUUACCAAGCGGGACAUGUUCCACAUCUUCCACAAAUACGGCAAAUUGGCACAGAUCUCGAUCAAACAAGCUUAUGGAUUUAUUCAAUUCUUAGAGGCUCCCUCUUGCCAUGCCGCUCUUGGAGUUGAGCAAGGGGCGAUCAUCUCGAAAUUUCCAAGCCUCAAAGAUCUACUCGGCCUGCUCCAGCGACAGAAACUUCCCGAGUACCCCCGCCACGUCGCUCGCGGUCACCGGAGUUCAGCCGUGCUUCCGUACGACCUGCUCCUCGAGCUCCUGGGGAUCGAUAUGACCGGCCUUAUGAGCAUAGUCGAUUGCCUUUCAGCGAUUUUCGCGAUGAGCCCUCUCACCGCAGGCGCGAUGAUCGGCGUCCGCCACGAUCACCAUCCCCGCGACCUUUCCGGACCCGAGAUGGAUAUCGCUCGCGCGACAGAACUCCAGAAAGGUUUGACCGACGAAGACGUUCUCGGUCGCCACGUUCUCCUCGGUCUCCCUAUUCCAGAGAUCGCCGCUAUCGCACUUCUCGUCCUUGAAGAACUGGACAGAAACUUUGUGCUUCAUGUCGAAAACGCCUUUCGCAACCGCGGAUUACGAGUAGACGUCCUGGUUCUCGGUCCUCGGAUUCCCCUUGGUGCAGCAGUUCAUCGCCAGUUCAUUGAAGGAGUCCUUGCAGUCGUGCGCCUCUCUCGCCCCAAUCAAAUUUCCCGGAAGAUCCCUUUGCAAUUGUUUGAUCGGACCGCCGGUUUGGACAACGUUCGUUUCCUCGACUAUCCCGAGCUGGAGCCUAAUAUGUCCGCCGAACUUCUCGCUCAUCAAGCUCAAGCCAUGCAGCGAGGAGCUGCUCCAACUGCAUUCGCACCAAAUCCCGUUUUUGGUCUUCCCACAGUGCCGCCCAUGCCCAUUCCUCAGCCAGGUCUACCUGCGCUCUCUAACCCUCCCAACAUUGCAAACCUCAUUGGCUCUCUGGAUGGCCCUAGUCUCUCCUCCCUAUUGUCGGCGCUCCAGAGACCUCCGCAUUCGCAGCCUGUGUCUGCUGCUCAGUCACCAUUUGCUUCUCCCAACCCACCACCUCCAGCAGAUCUCGCCAGUCUCCUGACCAAUGCGAAUCGCCCUCCGCCUAUUUCUACAACCCCUCAGCAACAUCUUCCUCCCUACAAUCUUCAGCCCCCGAACGCGCCUGUCGUCACGGAUCCCAAUCUACUUUCCCUCCUAGCCAAAGGCUUGGGCGGACAGCAGCCGCAGGGCCAAGGACCAUCAAGCCCCCAGGUUCAGAACCUGAUGCACCAUCUGGCAAAAUGGAAGCAAUGA